AUGGCGGGAGAGCCGCUCAGCAUCUACUCGGACCUGCAGGCGCUGCAGAGGGAGCGAAGGCAAGCUGAAUUGAAACUUCGCGAUCUGGAUGGUCGACGGAGGCCCUUCCGUCCGCAAGCGUACGAGCAUGAUCUGCGAUCAUCGGACUCCACAGACUUGCGCGAUCGUCUCGGAGGGAGGUUCGACCGCAAUGAUAGAGGAGAUCAUCGCGACUUUGACCGUCGGGACUUUCGGCGGGACUUCAGGGAUCGAGAUAUGGACCGAGAUCACGACAGGGCCCCCCAUCCAUGGGAUGCUCCAAAGUUCUCUGUGCAGUCCGCGGUGACACGUGCGUCGGAAGGGCCUCGGAAGAGGAAGAGGGACUAUAGUGAGGAGGAAGAAGAAGCCUCGGACGACGAGGAUCGUGAGGAGGGAGGUGGAAGGAGAAGGCGCAAAAGAGGCUCUGAGGACAAGCAGGAGGAGGAUGAGGAGGAUGACUACAACCCCAAACUCCGCAUGGACAAUCCUGGCAGAAUGCGCGAAGAUUUCGAUGAUCGCGAUCGUGCCAGGGCUAGGCCUAAAAGGAGUCAUGAUUCCAACUCCGAGAGGCAUCGGGAUGACAAGCACGACAGGGACAGGGACAGGGACAGAGAGAAGGAAAAAGACAGGGAGAAGGAGGAGGCCAGGGAGAAGGAGGACAAGGACGAGGAGAACGAGGAUGGAAAGUCCAAGAAGGAGAAAGAGAAGGAUGACGCAAAGGAUGGGGAGAAAGAGAUCAAAACCCCUAGGUCUGCCGAGAAGACGGACAUUCGGGGCCGAAAUAGAAGAAUGUUCGGGAAUCUGUUGGGACAGCUGCAAAAAGCUAAAAAGCAAGAGGAGGACAUCUCUAAAAGCCAGAUCAUGCAGAAACGACAUGAGCUUGAAGUCAAAGUGGAGACCAAGGCAAAAGAGAACAGUGAGAAGCUCAAGGAGGAGUUCAAGAUCCAACAGCGUGAGGAGCGCAGAAAGAAUUUGGAGAAGAUUCGGGAGAUCCGCUCCAAGCAGCAGGAGAUGCUUCAUCAGCUGUCCUUGAUGCGAGCCAAGAAGCAAUCUAAGCUGGAGUCGCGAUUCAUCAGGACUAAAUCGGAACCCCACAUUUAUUGGAUCCCCAAGGACACUCAGCUCGAGAAGUUCGAGAAGAUGAGGAUCUCGCGGCUGAAGCAGCUCGACAGGCUGAGCUGGAAGCCAGGGCGCAGGCACUAG